AUGCCUCGAAUCAGUCGGAUUCCAUUUACCAUUCGGACAGAACUAUCCGGCCCAGUCACGAGUCCUGACCGCGACAAGAUUCUGCGGCUGGUCAAAUCGAUCGAGAUCGACCCGAAGAUCACAUCGCUCCUGAAAACCCCUACGUGGUCUGUGUCUUCGCUGUUGCCGCCGCCGCCCUCGGUCGUGCAGUCGACGGACAUUGAACCCGAUAGGAAGAAAUAUGAUGCCGAGUCCGAAAUCAAACCUGAUCUGAAGAAGCAAGAAGAGUCCGAGUCUGAAGUAACGCCAUCGAAAUUACACCACCUUCUCCGUCUCUCGGCGCUGCCGCCUCCCAAAUCGGUACAAGAGCAGACGGACAUGCUCCGAACCCUCCAACAACAGCUCCAUUUCGUCAAAGAAAUCCAAAAGGUCGACACCACGGGCGUGAAGCCGCUGGUCGCGCUGCGUGACGAGACGCGGGACGCUCGCGAAGAGCGCGCAUUCACGCUCGAGUCGCUGCAGGAAUACCUGUCACUAGAAGAAAAAGUUGGCGUGAACGGAACCAUACGCAGGCGCAAAGUCCCCGUCGAUUGGAGCAAGGAGAUUCCCACCAGGACCGCCGAGAAACUGCCUCGGCAGGACGAUCGGAUUGUCGCACCCUUCGAGAUGGGUGAGGGAUAUGCGAGUAGGAAGAGGGGCCAGUUUUUCUUUGUCAAGAGAAGCAAGAAAACCGAGGAUUCGGCGGCAGGCUGA